UCCGCCCCUUUACGAGCAUCGGACACCUCCGGCACAACAAAGCAUGUGCGGCUCCGCAACGUUGUCUCUCCAGUGAACGAGCGGAAUAACUGGAUUUUGUGGGACUUCUUUUUUUUUGCGCAGUUCGCUUCUCCCGUUGACGCGAACCCCAGAGUAGUGGCUACCAUGACAACAGAGGCGAGUGCGGUGAGCGAGGCGGACACUGAGGGCAAGCAGAAGGCCAGUGGUGCCGAACCCGAGCCUGAAUCCGAGAACAAACAGAAGCCUGAGGCGGCUGCGUCUGAGCCGGAGGGGGAGCAGUCGAGCAGCCAGAAGGCCCAGGAACAGGCCUCCGAGCCUGGGCCUGCUGACGUCGCUACCUCACCUGAGGAGGAGCAGCUGAAGCCUCGUACCAGGACCUCCGCUGGCAAAGGCCUUUCUCGCCUCUUCUCAUCUUUCCUCAAACGCCGUUCACAGUGCUCAGAGGGUGAGGGGUUUGAGGAAGAGAAAGCCAGGGAGGAAAAGGCAGAUAAGGAGGAAAAAGCUGACACGACUGAAGAGGAGAAGGUGGAAGAGGUGAAAAGUGAGGACAAGGAGGCUAAAGCAGAAGGUGAAAAAUCUGAGGCCAAAGAAGAGAAAAAGAUAGAAGAGGAACCAAAAGAACAAAAAGAGGAAAAGAAGAAGGAGCAGGAAAAAGUUGAGAAGAAGGGCAGUAAAAAGAAAAAGAAAGAGGCCAAGAAGAAAGCGGAGGAGAAGGAAGAGGAGAAAGUGAAAAAGGAUGAGGUGAAAAAUGAAGAGGAAACUGUGAAAAAGAAAGAAGAACCAACAGAGGAGGAGAAAGAAUUGCAUUCUGCUGAAACAAGGGAGGAACAACCAGAGACUAAAGAUGAAGAAAAUAAGCCGACUGCUGAAGUAAAAGACAAGGAGGCAGAGGUGGAACAGAAAGAAGAGGAAAAGGUUGACAACAAGGUGACAAAGAAAAAAGAAGAAAAGGUAAAGAAGAAGGAAGAGGAAAAAGCCAAGAGGAAAGCAGAAGAGGAAGAAAGAGCGAAGAAGAGAGAGGAA